AACAACGACUUCAUUCCGCGAUGAUGAACGAAGCAGUGAUCGUAGAAAGUGACAGCAACAGCAACAGUGAUUACAGUCUUCAAUUGAAUCGAUGGUUCUUACAAUCAAUCGGCGCUUGGCCAUCGUCUCCUUCCACGACAAGACUAGAAAAGAUCGUUUCAUUUAUUUUAAACAUCGUUUGCUUAAGUAUUGUAAUUCUCGCUGUGAUUCCUAGUUUACUGCUAAUGAUUCUAGGAGACGAAAGCUUCAACUUCAAAUUGAAGAUGUUCGGUUAUGUAAGCCAUUGGAUCUUCAGCGGCAUUAAUUACACAGCUUUGUUAACACAUGGCAAAAAUAUACGACAAUGCAUAGAACAUAUAGAAGCUGACUGGCGAACAGUAACCAGAGAGGAGGAUAGAAACGUGAUGCUGAAGAACGCGAAAUUAGGCCGCUACAUAGCGGGUUUUUCCGUCAUUUUUGUGCAGGGUAGCGUUUUGUGCUUUUUUUUCGUGGCAGCAUUAAAUACAGUGGAGAUACAAAUUGGAAACGAGACGAGGGUCGUACACUUUUUACCUUGUGCAGUAUACAAGAAGCUGGUGAACGUCGAUGAUAGUCUAACAAACGAAAUCAUGCUUCUCUUGCAAAUGUGGUCCACUGUUAUAGCAAAUUCUAGUACAAGUGGGAUUUUUGGUUUGUCAGCUGUGCUAGCUGCACACUCGUGCGGUCAAUUGAACGUAAUUAUGGUAUGGAUAACUGAAUUUGUUAAUAAGGCCAGAGAAAGGAAGAAAACUGGCAGUUUUAUCGAAAUUAGAAUGAUCGUGGAACGACACCUGAGGACAUUGAAUUUUAUAUCGUGUAUCGAGGAUGUGAUGAACAAAAUAUAUUUUGUCGAGAUGUUCAGAUCCACGAUGGAUAUUUGCGUAAUUGGCUAUUAUAUUCUUUCGGAAUGGGCUGACCAUGAUAUUCAGAAUUUGAUUACGUAUUUUAUGAUGCUCAUUUCAAUUUGUUUUGACAUUUUCGUGAUAUGUUAUAUCAGUGAAAUAUUAACGGAGCAGUGCCAAAAAGUUGGUGAAGUGGUUUAUAUGACAAACUGGUAUUAUUUACCCAAUAAAGUAAUCCUCGACUUGAUUUUGAUCAUCGCGCGAUCGAGUAUGGUUGUUCAAUUGACUGCAGGAAAAUUCAUUCAGAUGUCCGUUUAUACGUUUGGUAAUGUAUUAAAAACAGGUUUCGCGUAUUUGAAUAUGUUACAACAAAUGACGGGAUAAAAUGGAAUCCUAGAAAAAGUGUAACGUGUUUUUAAAAAUUGUAUAUAUAAAGAAUGA